UAUAAAUAUGUAUUAGUGAAACAAUUUUAUCCUAGUUCUUUAAAAGGAUUUUGAUGUGAUUCAAGUAGUCACGCGUCACGCUGAACUUGAGUGUGGUGGGUGUGUACUUUGUUUGGAGUUGGUAAAUGGAGUAAAUAUAUAAUUGUUAUGUUGUGACUUUUUAGAAUUUAUUUUCAAGUGAUUUAACUAUAGUUGUGAUAAUGUGUAAUUUCAGUUAUUUCGAGAACGGAGACCUCACAAGUGAAGUUUGUAGAUUUAUUUUGUGAAAGAAGACGUGACGUUUUGAUUGAGAAUUUAAAAUCACCAACACAGUAAAAAAGACCAUUGUUAUCCGACUGAGACUUCGGAGGUCGACCACUUGCGAUUUGAGCUGCUCCCUUGGAUACUCCUACUCGACGCCUUGCUCGACCAGAUGGAUUAACACCAGUGCGACCCUUCUUGGACAGCACAGAGUUGACAGCUCUGUAAAAAGCCACCAAAGCAGCUUGAGCAGCUGGAGUAGUUUUUGGCUUUCGGAGUGCCUUUCCCAUCUUUUCAACAAGUUCAGUUGGAAAGGAGCCACUUCCACUCCGCCGAGAGUACGUGAAACACACAUAGCAACCUACGUGCUGUUGGCCACACCGACUCAACCGCCUUUCGUUCCGCAGAACUGUCAUCUGUCAUUACGACACUAGGCGCCUAAAAAUGAAGUACAUUUUCAUUUAGAAAUGUAUGUUUUUUUUAAAUUUUAUUAUUGGAUCAUGAAGUAGUCUCUGAGUAAGAUUUUUUAAACUCUGUUUUAAUUUAAUAAAUAUUGGAAUUUAUUGUUGGUAGGGAAUAUAAAAUGUUUGUGAUUAAUUGGAGGUUAAUGCUAAGGAUAAUGCUAUUCAGUUUUACCUCAGAGCCACCAAAUCCUUUUGGACAUUCUCUCUUGUACAAGUUAAAGGCCAUCUCAUAGCAAGUCUGAGUCUGGUGGCUUUGCAGCAAAAUGCAAAGUGGCAUUGCACCAGCUUUUGUGGCAGAGCACAUUGAUGUAAAGGUGCAGUGAGUCACAUCAACAUGUGAGGUUGAAUCAAGGAAGAGUGUUUCACCAGAGUGCGGCAGUUCUUGCACCCUUUUCAUCAAGGGUGUCACAAUGAGGAUGCACCACUCGCCAUCCUCCAUUGAAGUCUUAACAAGAACAUCUAAAGUUUUUAAGAUUUUAAUGUAUUGCAUUUUAGGAAAAAUUCAAUUUUCAAACUACCUCUUGAAAUGUAAUCUCCAGAAGCAAUUUUUUCUUGAGUCUUUUCAAUUGGUGUUAAAGAUUUUACACCAAAUUGCUUAUUUGACCAUUUGUCAAACAAAUAGGAGACAGUUCUUUUGGUAGGGUUAAUAUUAGCAUCAGCAAGAUUCACAAAAUCAUCAUUGCUGAUAAGUAAGUCUUCGUGACGUUUCUUUGCUUGAGCAGCUGUACUCCCAUCGUCAAAAUAUUUGUCGAACAGAGCGGCAGUCGAUGGAUCUACUCGAUUUAAUCGAAGUGUGUCCGCACUUAAGAUGUGAUGAUUGUGCACGCCUUCAAAUUUGAUCACAGCUUGACGGACAAUACCAUGCUUGUCAGGCCGUAGUCCUCGAAGGCAAGUACUGGAAGCGGAAACUUGCCACAGUCACUGCAGAGUACAAAAAAUGGCGAAUGUUUUACAAAAACAAAAUCAUGGGAUGGACGCCCAAAGAUGGAGACCACGGGCUGGGGGACAUCGACAUGUUCGAGUGGCACCCGGACAGCAACGAGUCAGGGAAUUCAAUGAUGGUCGAUGAAGAUUACAUGGACUUGAUGAGUGACACGCUCUUCACCUCCAUCACCCAGCCUUUUCCAUUCCCCAACCCCCGAGAAAUAGCCAAAGCAGGCUUAGCCGAGUUCAUUCAGCCAGGAUUAGUGCAAUUGCAGCCGAACAUUGAGGAUUACAUGGACACAUUGGAACCCCUGCAGUCCCUCCAUGAUUUGCUGUGCUCGAGUUCGUCAAAACUGGCGUCAGUGCCGGAGGAGCCGAACAGCCUGAACGCGCUGGAGACGAACCUGUUCCGGUCGGAGGGGGCGCGCAGCAUGGACCUGAACCUGGGGCAGCAGGCGGGGGGCCCUGGCGACUCCUUCCCAGACCUCUCGCUGCAGUACUCGGCCAAAAUCUUCUCUGACUCGGCCACUUUCCAGCGGCCACACUCGGCCGCCCCCUCCGAACCAUUCUACUUCACCGCGCAGGACCAGCUGCUCUCCAGCCAGCCUCCCCAGGGACAGGCCAUGACCCUACUGCAAGACCAGCCGGACGUCCAGCACAGCAGCUGCAAAUGGCCAAGGCAGGACAAACCGCAAAGCAGGCCAACUUUGCUGUGCCCAACGUCAACAAGGUGAAAAGACGAUCUCACAGCGGCUCGUCGCUGCUGAGUGGGGGCGCCUCGACCCCCCGGAUGAGUUCGCAGUUGUCGAUGAGCUCGACGAACCUGAGCUCAGGGCAGCAGCCGGCCGAGGGCAACGCCCUCCUGGCGCAGUUGCUGCAGCCACAGCAGCCGUCGUACUACAACAAGCCCAUCCUGCCGGCGCCCCCGCAGCAAAUCCUGAGCACCGUCCUGGUCGGGCCGCUGGCCCUCGCCAAGCAGCCAAAAUCUGAUCUCUCACGCCCGCAGCUGGCCAACCUGCAGCCAAAGCCGGUGCAGAACGCGAGCAGCAAUCAAAACGAGCGAAAAAGUUUUUGCAGGAUAUUGGAAAAUGUUUUUGAAGUUUUGUUUCAAGAGGAAAAAUGAGAGUGCUUACUUUGGUGGGUGGAGGACGGCGGCGAGCAGCAGCAGCGAGCAGAGGACGCCGGCGAGUCUCAUGAUGGUGUGGCCGCGAGCACCGCGCGCACACCGCUUUUAUCGUCUGUCUGCUCUUUUCUGACUCAGGCACCAUUCAGCCGUGCAAUGAAAAAAGGAAAAAGCGCAGCCACACCCCUGCCCAUACCGACUCGUUAUACUUUUUCAUCCGCGACCGGCAAAAGCCUCUUUGUCCCAACAAAAGCAAGAUCGACCUUGUUUCAAGAGAAAAAUCAGCUUUAUAAUAAUACAGUUACAAUAAUAAUAAAAAUUACCCUAUUAAAAAAAUAUAAGCGCUUGCCUUCUGCAAGCUCAUAAGGGCACAGGCCGAUAAGACGCUUGUCUUGGCCUGACCCAAAAAACAAAACAGUAUUUUCUUCACAUAUUAUUUUAUUGCUACCGUUGAAUUAUAUUGUUGUCUGUUUGCGAAUAUACAUACAGCAGCUUUUAAAAUAGCCUUACAUUCGGUUUUUUAACGUUGAGUUAAGACGAUUCCUCUGCAACUAGUUACAUACAGAUAUCGUUAAAUGGACUAAAUAUAGAUUCAAUUUCAUAUUAUGCAUUUUGUGAAGAGAAUUACUUACUAUUUUAUUAUUAUAGCAAACAGUUUCAAGAAAUGUAAAGACUGGGUUCUGAAAUGCAUUAUCUUGUUUCGUGUAUAUUUUUUUAUGCAUGGUGUCAAUUUUUGAUAACAUUUAUUCCAAAUGCUACUUUUUUUUAAUAUGAAGAAUAAUAAAAAAACAAAUACAUUCGGUUAGCCUCUUUCUGAAGAAAUCUGCUCAAGAUAUGCGCAUUGCUUUAAUUUUUACAUUAUAUAUUAUAAAAUAGCAAUAAAUGUAUGUGUCCUCAAAAUAUAUGUAU